AUGUCGGAUAUCUUUCCGGUGCAGGAGAGAGGCAAGGCUAUGGCUGUUUGGGCCAUGGGGCCGUGUAUUGGACGGUUGGCUGGUGGGUAUAUGGUUGAGGCUAUUAGAUGGCGAUGGACCGGCUUCAUCGCUACGCUAUGCUACUUCGCCGCCCCAGAGACAUACGCCCCAACCCUCCUCCGCACCAAAGCCGCCAAACUCAAAAAAGAAACCGGCAAUUCAGACUUAUACUCCAUCCUCGACAAAGACGGCCUCACACCCAAACAACGCUUCAGCAACGACUCCAUCCGCCCCAUGAGAAUGCUCUUCACACAUCUCCCCGUGUUCAUCCUGUCUCUCUCUACGUCGCCAUCGUCUACGGCGUGCUGUACCUCAUGUUCAGCACCUUCACCUUUGUAUUUGCGCAGCAGUAUGGGUUUAGUACUGGCACCAUCGGUCUGGCGUAUCUCCCUACAGGUAUUGGAAUGCUGUUUGGUUGUUAUUAAGAAGAAGGUUGAGCAGAAUGGUAAGAAGGAGCCUGAGGAUCGGUUGCCGAUUUGGAUGACGUUGCCGUCGGGGUUGCUUAUUGUGGGGGGCGUUGCUUUCAUGUGUCUUCAAACUUACCUCGAUGCAUACGUCACCUACGCAGCAUCCGCCGUCGCCGCAAUGACAGUCCUUCGAUCUCUGGCUGGCGCUAUGCUUCCUCUCACCGGAUUGUCUAUGUACGAUGAUCUUGGCCUCGGGUGGGAGAACAGUAUCCUUGCGUUCUUGGCACUGGCUCUUGUCCCUGUUCCCGUCAUAUUCUUCUUGCAAGGAUUCAAGAUUCGAGCCAAGAGUCCCAACAACCUUGGUUAG